UGUUUUGUAGUGAAGAAUUUAAUUAAAGCUGAGCAAACUUGAAAUCAACAUGUUUUCUCACACACACUCAAUCACUUUCUCACACACUCACAGACUUUCUAGAAUGUGUCCAGGCAAGAGCUGUUUCCACCUCUUGAUGUUAGAACUCUCUGUUUCUGUGAACAGGCGGCACAGAAUCAUUCAUCCAUGCUUUGGGACCAUGGAGGAAUGGUAUGAGUGGGCCCUGAUUCAGAAUGGUCCAGCAUAAUGACACUGACCAUACAGUUGCGCGACAGAGCCCAUCCAAGACGGCCGAGUGCCCCAAACCCUCUUCUGUCCCAUCAACACACUUUCACCCCUUCCGGGACCAGAAGGAAUGUGAACUCAUCACCCAGGCUGUGGAUUACCUGAACCACAGUGGAUUUUACUGGGGUCCCUUGGAAGUAGAUGAAGCACAUGUACGACUGGCCAGACUUCCUCUUGGGACAUUCCUGAUCCGGGACAGCAUGCAGGCGAAUGUUUUCUUCACUCUCAGCUAUCGGGCUCCUGAGGGCCCGACCAGUGUGCGAGUGCUCAUAAAGGAUGGAGGUUUCAGUUUAGCGGGCAGUAAACAUACUUUCUCUUGCCUUUUUGGCCUGCUAGGAUACUAUAUUGCAUCCCCUAAAAAGAGUCUGAGUAUGCCGUAUCGUGGAGAUGUGCCGCAGAGCCUACAGGAACUGGCGAGAAGAGCGGUGGUGCAGAGUUUUGGGAAAGAUAGUAUUCAACAACUGCCUGUGAGCAAGAAACUUAAAGAAUUUCUGUGGUUGUACCCUUUUAGUAUAUGAAUGUGUGUAGUCUAUAUGAAGAUGUUACAGAUG